AUGGAAGCGGAUGACAAGCGGCUGCAGAUUUUUUUCUUAUAUCAUGAUGGAAAAUCAAUAAGCCAAAAGCGAUCAACACCGAUUGAAAUUAUUUGGCUUUUUUUAUCGCUUCUUGAAAAAUCUGCAUUACAACUUAAACAACCGGAUUUAAAACAAUCAUCAGUAGUUAAUAUUUUGUCAAUUAUUUCAUCGCUUGAAUUAGCGAAAAGUCUUCUUUAUUAUUAUGAUUAUGAUUAUCAAUGUAGUAAAGCAGCAUUAAAUAUGUUAACAAUAUGUAUGGGUAAAGAUCUUGACAGGAAAAAAAUCUGUUUUUCCCUUCGUCAUCCUGGUUGGGUCAAAACAGAAACGGGCACGGAUAAAGCUCCAUCAACAAUUGAUGCUGUAGCUAAAAAUAUUUUAGAAUGUCUUCAAGCAAUGACAAACGAGCGUCAUUGUAAAUUAAUUGAUACAUGUGAUGGAAAAAAUUGA